AUUUGUUAUCGUUUAUUGCCGGCUGAAAUUGUGGAUAUAAACAAACCAUUUGUAUAUUUUUUUUGGUUUUACCAUGACUUGUGACACAACUGAGGCCUUGGUGGCCCACAUGUGUGAUGUCGUGCAGUUCUACAUGCUACCGGAGCUGAAAGAAGAUCUGGACAACGUUCAGCUGGCUCCGUCGCAAUUUGAAAGUUAUCAUGUCUUGCUAGCUAACGAAUUGCCGAAAUUCUACGAUCUGGUGCAGGAAUUCCUUCAGAAGACCAAUAAUGCUGGACACGAAGAGCUGAGGGUACAAAUUGUGAUGCUUCUUUGCGAGCUGGCAGCUGCUCCUACCGUUUACCAACUUAAUGAUGGGAGUGGUAACUUGCUGCGAAAUGCCAAUAAAUUGGGAAGGAAACUCUCCGAUACGUGGGGGGAAUCAAUGGACGCGCACAUACUCAAAAACUACGAGAAAAAGCUGCAAAAGAACUGUUGGAAGCGACAGCUUGGCGCCGUGCAUGGCUUUGCCAGAUAUCUAGAGCUCCGUUAUACGAAGGACGACAAAAUGACCACCCAGAUGCUAGCCUUCAGCCUGUCGGUCGGACUCAAUGUGCGGGAGUGCUACGACUUUGUCUAUAAGCAACUCGGUGUGCAGAUCUUUUCAAUAAUGCUGAAGCAUGGCGCCCUUAAGGACAUUCAGGAAUUGAAUAUCCACAGCGUGAUCUAUGAUCAUGCGCUUAGAGAUGCCUUCAGCAUGGACUCGAUUGAAGCUGUGACUGCCAUAUGGAAUUGUCUGUACCUCUGUCUGGAUCACUUCAUUGAUCUGGAUGCCUUUACGGUGGGGGGCUGUCCUCACAAAAUAGUUGAAUAUUAUUUACAGAGUGGUUUAUCCCCCACAGUGGAACCAAUGCGAUGAUAUGCUGGACGGGCUCGUUUGAAAUGUGACAAUGUCAUCCAAAGCCAACAACUCCAUUUGCCUGCUUCAGUUUAUAAUACGACUUGGCUACUACUUCACCAUCCAUGCAUAGGUAGUCCCGGUCUGAACCGUACACCGCAGCAGUGCACCACGAAUGGCGUAGUAGAAGCCCGAAAUCCUCUUCUGCUUGAACAUCAGAUGGACCGAAAUGUAGUGCAGCACAUUUGCCUGGAUGUUCACUCUUAUUAUGUCUAUGGGAUGUGAUAGCAUAAUGGCAGCUACAUUGAUCAGUGUUGUGCCACCGCUGUCAUUGCUUGUCAUAUUGAAUAGUCACGCCUACAACAUGGCACAGUAAAGCAAUAUUUUUAACAUGUCUUCCCCAAACGUAGGAAUAACGUGUUCGAAACGCAAUUGGCGAAGAAGCGCUCUUGUUCGGAGCGAGCAGCAUGUACGUUCUGGUUUAAGAUUUGACUACGAUUGAGCCCUGCACCUAUUAUUAGUACAUUAAAUAAUCAAAUCAUUAUUUCGUUAUUGUAGCUUAGUGUCUUCAGAUGACAUAUUUUAUUAGAUAUAUAUGUAUAUGUGUUAAGUUGAAAUACGAUUAAAUGGUAAUUCCUUCACAGAAGGAAAUUUUGA